AUGUUCAAGGACCCUGAGAAACGUCAGAAGUUGGCAGAGAUUUUGCGUAGAGAGGGAACCUUUGGCAAGAUGGAGCUCAAGGUCAAAUCGCUUCAUUCCAAAACUGUUGAAGAGACGCUCCAGGGAGGGUGGCACACAGAGGUAUCUCUUGGACGCCUCGGGUGGACCGAGCAGAUGAUCCAGAACAGUCGUGAGUGGGCUGCGAGCAGAAACCUGUUAAAGAAGAACCCAGUUCAUGGUGCAGAUGAGUGGCGCAUUCCAGUUGAAGCCACUUACACGCAUACCGACAGAACUUCGCACGAGACCGAGGGGUCUGGAGAAAUGCUGGUUGAUGAUCCAGAAGGUCAUCUAUUGGACACUUCUGGCGUGGAUGUCGAUAGCCUGAUCAGGCCUUUUAGCAAACCACUGACCUAG